AUGACGACGACCAUGACAACCAUCGCCCCUCAAGUUGCCGUGGUCGAUUUCCACCAUGCCAGAGGUCCCGAGGUCGAAUUCUGGGUCGAUCCAGCUGGUGCCGAACUGGCCCGGCGGAAUGAUUGGUCUUUGUUGCCGUUCAUGGCUCUUUCGGACGGAGCGCAUGCCAUGGUGGAGGAGUUUUCGUAUUUUACUUUGUUGGAUGUGGACGGAGAUAGCGAGGAUCAUUCAACUUCGACCUCGAACUCAAAAAAAACUACUCUAUUCGGCAUCGCGUGUACGCGACAGAUCCGGGCUGAGAAACUCAAGAGGCGAUCGACUGAUGUCACGCGCUCGACGGUGCAAAAGGCCGUGGUGGUCAUCGUGCCGACUGCGAGGGGGAUGGGAGAGCUGAGAGAGAGGUUGGGGGCUGUUACGGCGGCUUGGUUUGCUCAGGAGGACUUUUCAGAUACAACGAUCCUAAAGGAGUUCCAAGAAAGCCUCGCUAGGUCGCCGGCGGUGCAUGAGGAAGGCAAAGAUCACUAUUUUGGCCUGUCUCUACGAGAAUUGAUCCACGAAUUCCGACAUCAUACUUUAUCUCUGGUGAAAUGUCUCCUGCUGCAGCGAAAGAUGUUAUUCUACGGAUCGAAAUGCGAAAGACUCUGCAUGAUGCAAUUCGCCUUGAUCUCGUUGAUCCCAGGGCUGGUGCGAAACCUGCAGGAUGCGGCUGACCCGAGUCUUGAUUCGUAUGCCCAGACGGUGACGAGGGCGAGUGCUUUGAAGACGAGUGAGAGGAAUUCAUUACUGGCAUACGUGGGCCUACCUCUACAGAUUUUCGGUCGGGGCUCCUUCUUCGGCCCCUACACACCCCUUCAACAACUCGACAUCCUCGCCGACUACGAUACAAAAUCCUACGUGGUCGGCUCAACCAACAGUUUACUCUUACAACACAAAGAGCGAUACAGCGACAUUCUAGUCAAUCUCGACGAAUCCAACAGCAUCACAAUUUCUUCGCCAUCAUUACGAAGCGCAUUGGCCCUCACGGCCGCCGACCGCCGCUGGAUCGACCAUUUGACCCAAACUGUCCUCGACACCUGGGACCCGGAGAACCCUUCGCAACCGAAGAACUUGGGCUAUGCGGGGUCCGAAGAUGCGAUCCGCCUGCAGUUUGAAGAAUAUAUUUUGAGCUUGUUGUCUAGUGCCGCGUAUCAGGUUUAUCAUGAAGAAACCACUGGUACUUCUAAUACUGGUGGCACUCGUGGCACCGGCACCAGCACCAGCACCGUCACUGGUGGCACCGCGGCGACUACUAACGCAGCAGCAGCCGAACAAGACAUCUACAAUGAUAUUACAGCCGACUUCAACCCUGAUUUCCUGGCAGCCUGGCGGACAACACACAAUUUCGCCCUCUUCGACCGGCUCACGCGCAACAAUCGCAUUUUCGACAUUGUCGAGCCCCGCCACCCCACGGCCGGGGGGUUGAGUGUCGAAGAUGUCCAAAGACGACUUCAGCAGACUAUAACAGAAUUACAUCUUGAUGAACGUGUGCGUGAAGGUCGUGAACAGCUGGGAAAGACACUGGCUGUGGGUCGGGAGCGCGUCGGGGCUGGUGUGGCGAGGUUUUGGGCCGAGGUUGAACGGCAGAGACAGAAUAGAACGGAUCGGAGCAGUCGGAGUGGUAGUCGUGGAAAAACACACUCACAACAGGGGGAUGAAGGAGCAGCGACAACGCCGAGAUCAUCUCUACAGCAAGGGCGAGAAUCAUUUGAACGAAAAGACUCGUCUGGUGAAGGAGAAGGUCCAGGUCCAACAACUCCAACAACUCCAACAACUCCAACCUUCUCAACUACCAGUGGAGGUGUCGGUGCCAGUGGAGGUCCAGGCGGAUGGGCAUCUUCUCUCCGCGACCGAGCCGCCCGAACAACAUCGCAGUGGCAGAUGCAGUGGCAGCGAGAAAGGGAGGAGAAACAGAGGCAGAGACCGUCGUCCGAAGGUCCUGGUGAUCCUACUACGGCACCAGCAGCCGCAGGAAGUCCUGCUGCAACACUCACAGCCUCUCAGAUCCAAGCGGCCGCGCGCGAAAAUGCAGCUAAGGCCGGUGCGUGGGUGAGUAGUUGGGGUUCGUGGGCCAAGGAACGGGUUGCUGUUGCUCAACAGCAGCAGCAGCAGCAGAGGAAAAGUGGUCCUGGUGCUGGUGCUGGUGCUGCUGCCGCCGCCGAGGGAGUCGCUGUACCCAAAGGUGCGGCGCCCACAGUUGGCGCUGCUGCUCCUGCUGCUGCUGAUGAUGAUGGUACUACCACUGGAAAGAAUACUAGGUAG